AUGCAAGUGGGACGAGAAAAGGAGGCAACUGGGGCGGCUAUUGAUGUCGCUGAAGAGAAAAAAAGCGAAGAGGAAGACAGCUGUCUUCAGUUUUCAGCUGUGCGAUUCCCCUUUCUUGCAGCUGGAAUUGUCCAGUCAGCGGUGGCAUCUAGCCUCCUGAAUCAUAAGAAGGUGCAUGUGGCUCGUCACAUGCGCCGUACCUUCCCCUGCUCAUUCCAGGGCUGUAACAAGACCUUCCUCAAGGCCUCCAGUCUAGCAGAUCAUAUGAAUGUGCAUCUGGGCAAAAGACCGUACGUCUGCAAGUAUCCAGGAUGCGGAAAGUCCUUUCGCUGCCGUAGCAACCUGAGCGGCCAUCGUCGCGUCCACUGUCGCGACUGGGUGGAGCAUCAAGAAAAAGAGGAGGAAGAAGAGGGCAAAGAGGUAAAAGCUACCCAUAUUGAACUCCCCUAA